AUGCCCAUCAAACCCAGCCUUAAGGCACAAAGAGAAGACGUCCUUGCCAAGCACUACAAACCAGAUGAUAUUGUCUCUCGGGUGUUCAAAUAUCAAAGGCUGCCGACCUUUUUCUUUGAACGUGGGAAAAUAGGUCAUCCUACGAGUGGUUGUGGCAUCCUGUGCUUUAGUGAUGGGGAGUAUGAUGAUGAUGGUGAUGACGACGCUGAGCCCAGGUACAGGGACUGGCUUCGUGCUUCCCCUUUCAAGCAAUGUAAGGUGAUUAUGGAUGCAGCUGGGAGAGGAGUGAAGGAAAAACCUGCUAUAAAUGACAAAUAUUUUACGCUUUCGUCAUCUCAACCCGUGUAA